CUUUCAACACUUUCUCUUAAAAGUGAUGGCGGAUAAAGAACAUUUAUCACAGCUUCUCGCCAUUUAGUCUUGACUCCAUCGCCCGCCACUCUGACCACAGGGUCUGGAAUAUCAACUACCAUGUUCUCCAGCGAGGAUGUAAAGGAGAUUUUCCAAGUCUUUACUACUCCUAAAGACUAUUCUACCGCCGUAUCUUCGCUCGUCCUUGCGUCGGAUGGUAGUGGUUUCAUAACCCUCCGACAUCUUGAAACUACGUUCAAGGAGUGCAUCACUCGAGAAACACAAAGAAUACCAGUAUCUUCCUUGGCUCGUGAUCUCAAUGUACAACAGGAUAUUGUGCGCCAGCUCGUUGACACGCACCCAGGCCUUGCCUUGCUCAGCUUUGACAGUAGUGACAUAGUUGCCCUUGAUGAACGAGUCACGCUUCGGAAAAAGCUAGAUGGCUGCCUCUCGGAUGGGAUUGUUCUCAAGCUAAACUUUGCCACGCAAAACGACAUUGAUAGCAAGAGCAUCGAUAUCCUCUUACGCGACGUGGACGGGCAGUUGGUAUACUUUGACGAUUAUGUGUGCAGCAAGUCGUACGAAGACAGGCUGGCGGAUUCCAUUAUGACUUUUCUCAAAAGAUCGCUCAAUGAAAUGCAGUCAAUCGACCUCGAUCCCACAAACUUACCAGGCACCCCACCGACAUGGUUCACGCUCCGUACUCUGAGAACGCUGCUAGAUUCGCAAAAUCUAGUGGAGCAGUUCCAUGUUCAGGAAGAGUCUGGCAACAUCCACUGCGUUCCGAAGCAACUCACGGAGCAUAAAAGAGACGCAAUCAUCGACGAUCUGCAGUCUGGAGCACUUGCGUACCUUAACUUGCAGAGUUUCUGGAAAGACUUUCCUGAGCUAUUUGCGACUGGCGAAGAGGCUCAUGGGUACGUUCAGAACCUGUCUGAGGUUCAAAUUAUGGACGCAUUCGCGGUGUCCAGUAUUCGAAUAUUGAACCUUGAGAAGGAAUGCGUACAGAUACUACGGGAGGAAGGCUGUGUAGAUCUCACACAUAUCGCCGAAGGCUUCCCUGAAGGUUUACGGGGCCGAAUAGCGCACAAGGUCGAGCAAAACAUAUUGGUCACUUUCGAACAGGAAUCCGAGCCGAAACCAUACCGGAUCGGUGACUUCAUGGUCACUGCGACCCACCGUGAUGAAGAGCGAGCUGCCCUCCUCGGUUACGCAACAUUGGAUGCUUCUGCGCAGUGGCAACAACUCCAAGACAGCCCUGGCAAGGAAGUCAAGUUCAGCCUAUCCAAUAUCACGGCAAUGAUCACAAACAAGCAUCCUCUCCAGAGCGCUUUAGCCAAAGACAAACUCCUAGAGAAGGCACUGGACGAGCAAUUCUGGAGCACGAUAUCAAAGCAAGAGAUUCAGAAUGAAUCCGAGUUCUCGACGUUCUGGCUGGAUCGCGUUGUCGCACGAUGCCACGUCUACAACGAAGGUCUAGGCGCAGUCCAGGACCAGAAACUGCACGAUCAACUGGCGGAGCUCCUCACUUCUUACAUACAGAAGGACCUCUUUCCAGAUUCCGUGUCCAAGGCACGGUCACAGGGCCUCGUCCUGAGCCGCAAGACGCGCAAGAACAUCUCAAGGCUAGAGACUGUUCUAAAAGCUGAGAAAACGACGACGACCACCAGUGUUCUAGCUGCCCUCGGCAACUUCAAUAAGAAGCAAGGCAUCGAAACUCCUGACAGUUCGAGGGUGGAAGAAGCAAAGAAGGUGGUCAUGAGCGACAUGGUUCGGAGGAUGCAGAAGCAGAAGCAGUCCGAUGGUCCUGUGCUGUUCUUGACUCUUACUCUCAUUCUGUUCGCCAGGCAGCACACUGGUGUUGUUUAUGCCACGGGAAAGUUCGCGCCCAAGUUGCUCAAGCAGCUGAAGCCGUCGUUGGGGCCAGAGCAGUACGAACAGCUGGAGAGGUGGAAGGAAGCGGCUAAAGCGGGCACGUUGAGUGCCGAAGAGAGGCAGGAGAUGAAGAAGAUGGCUGAAGCGUGAGUACGUAGAAUCGCACAUCACCACUCAUACCCUGUCGUGCGAUGCUGAAUAAAACAUUGAUCAACAAAGCAUGUUCAGAACAGAGUCAGUACGUGAUGC